AUGGGAAAAGGAAGGCCGUCCUGCGUCGACUCUCUUCCUUUCCCUUUCGGAGAGCUGGAGAAGCAGCUGGUGGCUCUCAUCCCCUAUGGGGACAAAAGGCUGAAACCCAGGCGCACGAAGCUCUUUGUGUUCCUGACUAUGCUCAUAUGCCUGGUGACCUCCUCCAUCAUCAUCUUUUUCCUGUUUCCCCGGUCUGUUGAUGUGGAGCCUGCAGGCCUCAACUCCUCCGUGGUGGCCUUUGAUGAGGAAAAUAUCCAAGUCAACAUGACAAAUGUCUUGAACAUCUCCAACACUAACUACUUCCCUAUCACUGUGACUCAGCUGACCAUCGAAGUUCUGCACCUGUCCCUCAUAGUCGGGCAGGUCUCCUACAGCCUCUUCCUGCAUGUUGGCCCUUUGGCAAGUGAACAGAUAUUUUACACAGUAGCCAGCAGGAUUAAGGAUGAGAGCACAUACAAAAUAUGUACCUGGCUGAAAAUUAAAGUCCACCAUGUGCUUUUACAUAUCCAGGGCUCGCUGACCUGCUCCUACCUGUGCCAUUCAGAGCAGCGGAUGUUCCAGAGCUAUGAAUAUGUGGACUGCCGAGAUGACACAUCAGUGCCCCAUCUGCUAAUCCCUCACACACCCUAACUGCCUAUGGUCCCUGGACUCCAGGUACUUGCAAGACUGUCAACUGUGGUGCCCAAAGAAGGACUUUGCCAAAGGAAAGUCCUGCUUUAUCAUGCCCAGCCCCUGCCACACCCUUAGCACAAGUUGCUUUCUAUAAUGUUAACAUCACACUUGCAAACACACUUAAUCCUUCAUUUUCUAUGAAUUAUUUUCUGUGUGAGCAUCAGAUCCGACCUUGGUAUGUCUGAAGGAAAAUCUGACCUCACAUUGUGGCUGAGCAUGCUGAUUGCCCAGUGCCAUCUGGCUUCUUCACUCAGAUUCUUCACCCAGUAAUAAGAAAAUGACUUUGGGGACAUCCAGUGUUGUGUCUCUGUGCUUCAGAGUCAGGUGACAAAAUGAUGGAAAUGACUCUUUUCUGUCUGGUAACUUAUCACAGUAAGAUUGGCCAAAACUCUGUUCUUCCCAGGUAAUGAGAUGGGUCCCUGGAAGAUAGCUAUUCUCCAUCCAAAAAAACCUCCUCUCUAAAGAAUGG